AACUCUAGCGGUCGUUCUUGCUGAUGUCGAUAUAAGUCUAAGAUGUUGGAUCAGGAGUCGAAAGAGGAACCCUAUCGAGUUAGCUAAGAUGGACGUUGUAAACAAGACAAGAAAUGGAUCGGUGGACGAGGAAAUCGAAAGAGAUCUUCGUAUGCAAGAAGUGCGAAGCUGCACGAGGAACAGCACGACCCGGUUGUUUCCGCUCGUGGUCCACCUUUGAUAGCUCUAGCUCUUGCACCAGUUGUUGGGAAGAACAACAGCUAGAGGAACAACCUUCGUCUAGUACCCUUUCUCGUCGUGGCGCUUCCAAAUAAAACGGCGGAGACGACUUGACGUUCCUGGGGACGAUGAGUAUCCAGUGUAAAAAUGUCUGGGUCUGGAAGAGUCAUGCUGUUUCUGCAUGCCACAGAAGGUCUGGCAUGGAAGCUCUAGCAUCACAGGUUUCGAGAAGCCUCCGCAAUGCCGAAUCCGCAUGACAAAUCCCUGACUUUGGUGACAGAAAGUGGGAACUUUUGCUGCCUAUGCAUGAGAGAACUUUCUGUGUUCUGAAAUGCGCAUCACAAGUUUGGACUCUUCCAGACCCAGACAUUUUUACAUUUGAUAAUGAGCAGUCAGGAACAUCAAUCCUCGCGAGGGGGCCUUCGUCGGGCGCUAGCGUGCGUGUUAUCAAGUGUAAAAAUGUCUGGGUCUGGAAGAAUGCAACUUGUCAUGCUAAAUCUGCAGCAUGCAAAAAUCUGUGCUGCAUGAUUACCAAAAGUCGUCCAGUUUUGACCAAGUCGGGAGGGAGUUUCUCAUGCAGGAUAGGCAUAAGAAAGGUCCCGCAGAAUCUGUCAUGCUAGGUCCUGCAUUCCAGACCUCAUGUGUCACGGAAAAGCAGCAUGACAAAUCGCGCAUUCUUCCAGACCCAGACAUUUUUACAUUUGAUACGUGUGUGUUGUCUAUCAAAUGCACCAAAUAUGUCUGGGUCUGGAAGAUUGCGACAUUUCUCGUGCUGGUCCGGCAUGUUGACUCUUAGCUCUGUAUUUUUGCGUAGGGCCAUCGAAACAGCCUCUCUGUCUUGUCUGUCAUGCAAAAACGCAGUUCCUCGUACGGAUUACGUAGCACAGAAGCACAAAAAAACUUGUCAUGCUUGGCGGCGCAUUUUUACAGUGCAUUUGCUAUUGACUGACCUGCAUCACAAGUUUCCAGACCCAGAACGAUAUUUGCAAUGCAUAUUACCUGGCUCUUGUUGAGUUCGAUCUAUCCUGUGCAAAAAAUAUCGUACUCGUAUCUAUUCUUGCAAUCAUGCAUUACAAAUCUUUUUGUUGAGGUAAAUCAGCAUUACGAAUUUUAUUUCUCAUGCUGAGAAAAUUUGUAUUAAUGCAUUUAUAAAAUAGAACUAUAGAAUUUUUACUCGGAUUUCCCGCCCUUAUAGAUUAUAGGGGCGCCCUUAGAAAAUGAAUUCUAGAAAAGAAGGCGUCUAGAGCAUUCCCCUAGGGCUAUUCCUUAGGGGAUAGCCCUAGGAGAUAGCCCCAGGGGAUGGCCUUAGGACGGUUGACUAGACGGCACACAUAGAAACGCCGCAAGCGCAGCCGGUCGGUAAGCAGUUUACUUGCAGCGUGAGCUGUUUCACUCUGCAACGCAGGCCAAAAGGAUUUGCGAGGGCAGGCGGCACCCUGCAGCGCAGGUCGCAUCUUGCAACGGUAGCCGCCCAGGUGUUGCUGACAGCCCUUGCGGCCUGCGCUGCAAGUGGCUGCCCGCGCGGGCGGCGGUGCUUGCGAGUUCCGACAGCUUGGCUGCCUGGCAAAGACAGGCGAAGGAACGCGUGUCGCAAAAUGAAGAAGACCCCGCAGAGCUUCCUACGGGCCCCGAGGCUCAAGGAAAUCGAAAAAAAGCGGAAAAAACACCGGGCCGGUUUUUAGCAGGCCUAUUCUGGCUAACCCCAAACCCCGGCCCCGUUUUGGGGGAGGUAGGGGGGGGCGAUAGAACGUAGCAAAACGAAACGGGGGUGGGGGCGUCCCCCGGGCCUCAGGCAGAUUAACACCAUCCAAAAAUAUCUGGGCGGGGAUAUAUCUGGGGAUAUAUCUGGGGAGAUAUCUGGGGAGAUAUCUGGGGAUAUGUCGGGGGAUAUGUCGGGGGAUAUAUCGGGGGGUAUAUCUGGGGGGCUAUCUGGGAAGAUAUCGGGAGAUACAUCUGGGGAUACAUCUGGGGGUAUAUCUGGGGAUAAAAGAAAAGGGCAGCGCCUGCAUUCUGAAGAAAGCGAGCGGCGCUGGGGGGGCCAGAAAUCCUGCAUGUGGUUGGCCUUCUCGCGGGCGGAAAAUAGCACCCCAGUACAGCUUCCCUGCUCCGAUUUCCCGACCUUAUAGAUUCGGAGGCUGGGUUUCCCAUAGAAGUUAUAGUAAGAGUGGAGGGAGUGGCGCUAAGAAUUUCUUUGCCUUCUAGAGGCCUCGCUUAAAGGGCUUCGCUAGAUCACGGCCUCGGUCGCUGGCUUAGAAAGCGCUGCGGGUGGUUCUUUGUAGAAGUCAAAUAGCUCAAGAAAGGGGAAGCAGGCCAAGGCCAGCGGCCGGGCUGGGACGGGGCACGCAGAAGCCCAGGGAACGAAGGCGGGCGCGUCCGUUUCUAAUGCGGGCCGCUACUAGUGAAGGGCGUCGCUAGCAAGCGCGGGCCCGUUUUGUCAUGCUAAAACCGCCUAGAGGGCUCCUCCUAGUGGCCGCGUCUCCGCUAGCAGAUUCACAAUCGGGCGACUCUGUCGCCGAAUUUGCUCCGCUAGCGUUUCAAGAUAGUUUUUUGAUUUUAGAUUUACUAGACGACCUAUCGCCGGCGUCCUGGACGCCGGCGUAGUAGUCUAGUACGAGUACGAUAUUUUUGUAGUUCAUACGAGCAAGGGACCUGCAACUUCUACGUCUUCGUCAGGGCCCAGCGGUGGCUUCCUACGGUACGACCGUCAUUGCGGUCUGCGACAAAGGAAAUCGCCAGACAGAAGAGAUGAAGAGGAGACGACCAGGAGGCAUGAUGCUGAAAAUGAAAAUAAUCAUCUUCCUGCAGCAGCAGCGACUUCAAGAACAUCAACUACAGGAGCUGUCACUACGACUAGGUCGACCUCCAAGAGUAGCUCCUCCUCGUCCUCGACGCGGGUCGUGGUGCUGGUCACCGGCGCUGCUGGGUACAUCGCGAGUCACUUUGUGCUCCUCUGCCUCACCAAGGGGCUUCACGUCGUGGGCGUUGACAACUUGUCCCGGGGAAGUAGCGCAGCUAUCGAGAAGCUGCACGCGGUCGCGUAUCAAAGUGAAAAAAGCUCCCACCCCAUAUUCAAAAGACAAUUUGUGUUGCUGGAUUUGUGUACACAAAUGAACUUUGUCUUGCAGCAAGAGCUUGUCGGCAUAUUCUAAGCCCAUUUGGGUACGCGUCCGGCUAGCAGCUGAGCAUGAGAGACAAGGCUGACAUAGGCGAAAACGCGUGACAGUCUCGCUGUACAAUGCGCCACAUGGGUGUCGUUUGCCUUGUAUGCAAGACAAAGCUGAUUUGUGGUCACAAAUCGGCAUCACAAAUCUUCGUUUCGAUAUGGGGAGGGGGGAUACGAUUUUCCUUACGAUAUCGUGGCUACCUUGAACCUGCCAAAGGACGCCUUCGUCUUCAAAGAAGUGGACCUGGGCCUUCCGUCCGCAGUGGCGGCACUCUUCCAAGAGCCGCAACAGGCUCCCUUUGUAUGCAUUGCAAAUAUGUCUGGGUCUGGAAACUUGUGAUGCAAGGAAGGGAAUAGUGAACCCACUGUAAUGCGCUGCCAUGCAUGACAAACUUUUUUCAUGGUUCUGAGUUCUUGCGUAUUCCACAUGAGAAACUGCGUCUUUGCAUGACAGGGAGGAGGAGCUCUUCGCGGCCACGCAAUACAAAGUUCAGAGUAAUGCCGGACUAGCAUAUUAACAAAUCUCGCAAUUUCCCAGACCCAGACAUUUUUGCAUUUGAUACUUUGCGGCGGUGUUCCACUUCGCGGCCAUCGCGUUUGUGGGGGAGUCGAUUGCUUUCCCCGACCUGUAUCGCCGCAACGUGACUGCGAACACGGAAAUCCUCGGUCGAGCCGCAAAAACAGCGGGCGUGCCACGGUUCGUGUAUUCCAGCUCGUGCUCUGUGUACGGGCAGCCGGCAAACCCGGGGGAAGGUCUGGACGAGUCCGCGGCGAUUCAGCCCCUGAGCCCCUACGCCUCAAUAUCAAAAGGUAAAAUCGGGCCCCUCCCCAGAUGAUCAAAAGGAAAUUUCUGAUGCUGGAUGUGCGUGCACAUGCACAAUAAAUACAAAAAAUAUAAAUCAGAUUGUCUUGCAGAAAGUGCUUGGCGGCAUUUUCUAGGCCUGUUUAUUGGGUAAUGAUAUGCAAAAGGCUAGCAAUUAAGCAUGUUGGCAAACAGGUUUGCACUUUGCAGUAGUCGAAAUAAGCGCAUGAGAAUGACAGACUGGCUGUGGAAUCAUGCGCCAAAUAGCUCCCACUACAACCCUACAGGCAAGCCAGAGGUGAUUUGUGGCCACACUUCAGCAUAACAGAUUUCCAUUUUCAUAUGGUUUCGGGGGUGCUGGAUUUUUCAUUUCGAUACCCGUCCAAGGUGGAGGCGGAAAAAGUGCUGCAAGCUCUCGCAGCGCCCUCCUUUCGCGUGAACAUUUUGCGUUACUUCAACGUGAUCGGCGCGGACCCCUUGCAGCGUCUGGGAGAAAACCCGCGGCCCGAGCUCCGGUCGUACGGCCGACUCUGGACGGCCUGCGUGGACGCCGCGCGCGGCGCCCGCCCCGCCGUCAAGCUACGCGUGGACCCGAAGACGGGAGACUACGCCAAACGUGACUUCGUGCACGUUUCCGACCUGGCUUCGGCCCACCUUUUGGCUUUCGACAAGGGUCGCCAAUCGCGCGGCGAUGAAUAUCCUGUGCAAAAGUAUCGUACUCGUAGUAAUUGCAUUUAUGCAUUAUAGCGUUAGUCGUGAUGCAUGCCCGCGCGUUAGCGCCUGGCACAGAAUGAAAGUCGGUGCUGUUGUGAGAAAACCUUUUGUAGAAGAAGCUGCUAUAGUCUAUGGUGCCAGUUAGAAAGACCGUCGGUACGCAGCACGCGCGUAGAAGUAGACGGGUUUAGGGUAUACCUACAAGCAGCGUUACAAGUUCAAAAGCAGAAAAGAUUUCGUACAAGAAGCUAGUACUUAUUUAAUAUGAGGAUGAUACAAUAGACAGGGUUUAGGAAAAAGUCUGUGUUCAGACUUGGCGCGCUAGUUCGACUUUUGUUUCAUUACAAGACCACUAUGCGUGGCCCGCCCUGCGUAUAGCAUCGGGAAGCAAUAGUCUUAUUAGUGUAGUGCUAUGGUGGAGGGUUUAACUGCUUUGCGGUGCCCGAGUCUGUCGAGCACAAGUAGUCGUACUUGGCGCAAGUUUUAGGCGCUACGCUACUCGCCACACCGCACCCGUACCCGUACCCGUACCCGUACAAAUCUACACCCCAAGGUAAAACAGCAUGACAAAUUCCAUUUGUCAUGCUGAGGAAAUUUGUAAUGCCAUUACUACUAGUGCGAUGCUUUUGCAAUUCAUGAUGAAUCAGCUGCAGCAACAAGAACUACCUCCGAACAAGAAGAAACUGUGUUGACCGUUAUCCUGCGAAAAAACGUCCCCACCCCAUAGUCAAGUUGGGAACUUAGCAACACAAAUCCAGAAGUUUUGGGAGCCACGCAUGACAAGUUGCAGUCCGUAGGGUAGUGCAUGUUAGCAAGGACAAUUGCAUCACAAAUCCGUCUGCUGAUCCUGUUUACAGCAUCACAAAUUCCAAAACGCGAUUGGUAAGCAUAGGCAUGGACAUGCGCAUUACAAAUCUUCCUGUCAUCGGAAAUCCGCAUGACAACUCUGGGGGGAGCGCGUUUUUACACAGGAUAACCGUCCACAACGUAGGUCUCGGGAAGCCAAAUUCGAUCGCCGAGUUCGUGGAAAGUUUCCGCGCUGUGUCCGGUGUGGACGUGAAGAUAGAAACGGAGCCCCUCGUAUGAAAUGUAAAAGUGUCUGGGUCUGGAAGAAUGCAACUUGUGAUGCUGAAUUUGGAUUCCAAAAAAAUCUGUAUUGCAUGAGCAGCAAAAGGAACGCAAUUUUUGCUACGCGGAGAAGCAUUUGUCAUGCGGAAUAGGCAUCGCGAAGCCCUCAAAAAAUAUGUGAUGCUAGGGCAUGCAUCACAGACAUCAUGGCCAAUGCAAAACAUGCAUGACAAGUCUCAGAAUCUUCCAGACCCAGACAUUUUUACAUUUGAUACCUCGGGAAAGAGGAGCCGUUGCAGUUGUUCGCGAAGAGCGCGAAGAUACUAUCCUGAGUAAAAACGUACCCACACCAGAGUUGUAAUGCAGAUUUGCAAAGACAUGGAGACUCGUAAUGCGCAUCCCCAUGAGGGCCAUUUCCAAUCGUGUUUUGGAAUUUGUGAUGCUGUGAACAGGAUGAGAGGCUUGCUUUCUCAUGCGGCUGCCCUUGCUAAACAGCACGACGCUACAGAUGAAAACUUGUCAUGCAAACCUCCCAAAACUUGGAGAUUUGUGUUGCAGAUUUACCAACUUGACUAUGGGGUGGGGACGUUUUUACACAGGAUAGAUACAGCGGGACCUAGAGUGGAAGCCGAGGUUUACGGAUUUCAAAUAUGUCUGGGUCUGGAAGGUUGGAACUUGUAAUGCUGUCUGCGGAUUCUAAAAAUAUCUGUGUUGCAUGAUGAGCAGCAAGAGGACCCACUUCUUGGCGCGCGGAGACGGCAUUUCUCAUGCGUGAUUAGCAUCAAGAAGCUCUCAAAAAAUCUGUGAUGCUAGCACCAGCAUCACAGACCUCACGGGUCAUGCAAAAUGUGCAUGACAAGCCCCGACUCUCUCAGACCCAGACAUUUUUGUAGUUGAUGAGGUUUACGGAUUUGCGCGAGAUGCUGCGCACCGGUUGGGCCUACGAGGUCAAAGCUCGAGGACAAGUUGUACAAGCUCUUGCAGAGAACAACAAGGGGAAAAGCGACGGCGCAACUGCUAGUACAAAAAUCGCGCCAACGUCGGCAACUACACUUUCACCUUCAUCUCCUGCUGAUACCACCGAUUCCCCGUUUCCGUUUAUAUGGCGUGCUCAACUGUUACGACAUUCUCAACUGUUACAUAAAUUUGUGAUGCAAGAAUGGCAAAACUGAAAGGAAGAAGAUUUUUUUUGCGCCUUCUGCAUUACAUGGAAAUAAAACAGGGUAUGACAAACCAUGGAAAUAAGACAGUUGAGUUUGUAACGUUUGCGUCGAGUCUGAUAGUUUAACCGCACGGAGUAUCAAGUGCAAAUAUGUCUGGGUCUGGAAGGUUGCAACUUGUCAUGCAGAUUUUACAUGACCCGUGACGUCUGUGAUGUACUCCCUAGUAUCACAGAUUUUCUGACUAUGUCUUGAUGCCUAUUCCGCAUGACAAAUGGCCUCCCCGCGUAGCACAGACUGAACUCCUCUUGCUGGUCAUCCAAUACAGUUUUUUUUAGAGUCCAAAGCUAGCAUCACAAGUUGCAACUUUCCAGACGCAGACAUAUUUGCAUUUCAUACGGAGUUUGACACCCUGUUGGCAGCCGGGCAGGCGCGGCAACAGAAAUUUGGGUACGUUGUCGUGCUGUUCUUCAACCAGGGGUUCGUGAAGAUGAUGAAGAGUUGGAUCUGUAACGUGAAGAAAGUCGUGGGCCCGAAUUGGCUUGCGGACCACGCGCUCUUUAUUGCCACGGAGCGGCAGGCUGGACAGCAGCUGCAACUGUUUGACACCGGGUUGAGCAUUGUGUACGUGACCUACAUAUCAAAUGCAAAAAUGUCUGGGUCUGGAAGAGUUCCAGACUUGUCAUGCAGGUUUUCCAUGUCCCGUUAGGUCUGGCAUGUAGGACAUAGCACGACAGAUUCUGUGCGAGUUCCAUCAUGCCUAUCCUGCAUGAGAAACUGCCUCGCGAUUAGGUCAAAAGUGGACAGCUUUUGGUAAGCUUGCAACACAGAUUUUUGCACGCUUCAGAUUUAGCAUGACAAGUUGCAUUCUUCCAGACCCAGACAUUUUUCCAGUUGAUACUACAAGAUGCCGGCCGUAAUUCGGUACGGGCAGGCUGUGUACGGGAGUUUCCUCCUGUGGUAUGCAUUGCAAAAGCUAAAGCAUCGUACUAGUAUAAGUAAAUUGAAUCACAAAUUUUGGCAAGAGGAAAUAAAGUUGAAUUUGUAAUGUUGUUUUACCUUAGGAUGAAGAUUUGUCAUGCAUAUUUGCAAUUAGUACGAGGAGAGCGAUAGUACUUUUGCACAGGAUAUGUGGCGUGGCAAGUUGAUUCGCGAGCUUCUGCAAGCCAAGCUGACGGUGUGGCAGGUGGAGGCAGACGCGUACUGGUCUCGAGACCCUUCCUAUCCAAGAAAAAACGUUGUUAUUGUAAAUUUGUGAAGAUGCGCAACAUGCAAAUUGAUUGCGCCUGUCGUGCUGUGCCUGCAUUGUAGGGUCCAUUCAAAGGCGUUUUCGCGUACUAUCUGCGCAUGACAGGUUAUUUUUCCUGUCAUGCGAGAGCCGAAAGAUUUUUGAUUUUGUCAUGCUAAUCCUCCAAGAAAGUUGUGUUACACCUACGUACGAUCUUUUUUUCUUGGAUACUUCCGAGGAGGUGCUCCAGCAAGAGGCAGACAUUGUGACCAUGUCGGACAUGCCGCCGCCGGGAAAGUACCUGAACGGGGGCUUUCUCCUCGCGAAGCCUUCGGAGGCAAACUUGAAGGUGUGGAGCGAGGUGAUCCGGAGGAUGGAAAACGUGGUCCGAGGAAAAACGAAGGACGUGGGGGAGGCGGGGAACGACCAGCUUUACUUUCCGCCGGCCCUGAAACGACACGUAUCGUACGAAAAAAGUGUUUCACUGUAAGGAUUUUGCAUGUUUUGCAUCGCAAGCUUGUUCUACAUGACAGAGAAAAUUUGCCAUGCAAGCUUCCCAAGGGAAACAAAACACAGCUAAAACCCCACUUUCUUGCAUGUGUAGCAAGACAAAUACUUGUGUGUUCCAUUUUAUCAUCAUGCAUCACAAGUUUACAGUAACACAGUUUUUCUUGUGGAUAACACGGUGCGAAGGUGCACUGGCUGCCGCCGAACCGGUAUUGUGGGGAAAAAUCCCCCCUCCCCAUAUUGUAACGGUAUGUUUCCGAAAAUUUGCGUUGCUGAUUUGUGGGCACAAAUCACAUUUGUCUUGCAAGAAGGCAACUCCACGGGCUCCGCCGCAUUAUGCAGGCGGUUUGUCAUGCUGUUGGGCCUACAGCGCGGACGUUUUUAAUGCGAAGCGCCUAGGCCAACACCUCGCUACUCCCGCUUGGAUUGGGCCUGCAGUCCUCUCCUGCAAGACAGCUUGAAUCUGUGUACGCAAAUCCAGCAUCAGAAGUUUCGUUUUGAUAUGGGGAGGGGGAUUUUUUCCUUUUGAUAACCGGUUCGCCUGUGGCGUCUGGUACCGGAACCCGAAAUAUCCUGUGCAAAAGUAUCAGAUACUCGUAUUGCAAUCAUGCAUUACAAAUCUUGUUCUUACGCUAAAUCCGCAUUACAAACAAGGUCCGAGCACGGGGACAGAGUCCCCGUGCGGCGACCUUCCGGCAAUUGUCUGGGACGAGUUCGGGGGUUGUGGUGGCUGGCACUGGGCAGGCAGGCCCCUGCAGCCCGGUGUCUCUGUGUGGCCUGCGCCCCCUGAUCCGCGGCAGAUCUGCGGACGGAGCCCCUCUGCUUGCCCACACUAGGCCCGUUGGCCUACCGCGAACAAAGAGAACAGAAAGGAAGAAGCUGGCGCCGGAUGUGUAGCUGGCCCCUAGGUCAUGACGCGGGGACCGAGUCCCCGCGCUGACCUAGGGCUUUUGCCCCUGGGCCGUGCGGUUAGUUUCCGGGAAGCGCCCAAAGCUGGCCCCUAGGUCAUGACGCGGGGACCGAGUCCCCGCGCUGACCUAGGGCUUUUGCCCCUGGGCCGUGCGGUUAGUUUCCGGGAAGCGCCCAAAGCUGGCCCCUAGGUCAUGACGCGGGGACCGAGUCCCCGCGCUGACCUAGGGCUUUUGCCCCUGGGCCGUGCGGUUAGUUUCCGGGAAGCGCCCAAAGCUGGCCCCUAGGUCAUGACGCGGGGACCGAGUCCCCGCGCUGACCUAGGGCUUUUGCCCCUGGGCCGUGCGGUUAGUUUCCGGGAAGCGCCCAAAGCUGGCCCCUAGGUCAUGACGCGGGGACCGAGUCCCCGCGCUGACCUAGGGCUUUUGCCCCUGGGCCGUGCGGUUAGUUUCCGGGAAGCGCCCAAAGCUGGCCCCUAGGUCAUGACGCGGGGACCGAGUCCCCGCGCUGACCUAGGGCUUUUGCCCCUGGGCCGUGCGGUUAGUUUCCGGGAAGCGCCCAAAGCUGGCCCCUAGGUCAUGACGCGGGGACCGAGUCCCCGCGCUGACCUAGGGCUUUUGCUCCUCGGCCGUGCGGCUAGUUUCCGGGAAGCGCCCAAAGCCGGCCCCUAGGUCAUGACGCGGGGACCGAGUCCCCGCGCUGGCCUAGGGCUUUUGCCACUGGGCCGCGCGGUUAGUUUCCGGGAAGCGCCCAAAGCUGGCCCCUAGGUCAUGACGCGGGGACCGCGUCCCCGCGCUGACCUGGAGCUUUUGCCCCUGGGCCGUACGGUGUCCGGGAAGCGCCCAAAGGAAGCUGGCCCCCAGGUCAUGACGCGGGGAUUGGGUCCCCGCGCUGACCGAGGGCGCCUUUCGCCCCUGGGCCUUGCCCACGGGGCCCGGUAAGCUCGACAGGCUGGCGGCUCGCGUGACAAACUGGAGGCCGGCAUUGCGCAUCUCGCGUGGCGAGGUCCCAAAGUGUGUCCGGCGUGUGUCCGAAAGUCUGCCCGGGGUGUGUCGGAAAGUCUGCCCGGGGUGUGUCCGGGGUGUGUCUGGGGUAUGUUCGGACUUUUUGCCUGGGGUGUGUUCGGGGGUCUGUCUGGGGUAUGUCUGGGGUGUGUCUGGGGUGUGUCUGGGGUAUGUUUAUACCCCACCUGUUGCUUUUUCGCCAAAAAUUUGUAUUCAGGUCGUGAUUGACUGCCAUUUGCAUACCCCUGACACACCCCCGAACAUACCCCCGAACAUACCCCUCGCAUGCAUUUUUGACCAGCUGCUGCAGUUUAGAUAGUAAUUUCAUUUCUCAUGCUGAGGAAAUAAUUUGUGAUGCAUUUAUACGAGUACGAUACUUAUUUUGCAAUGCAUACGAAAAUUUUUCAAAAAAACUCCACCACCUUGCCCACCGUCAUUUUGAACAAUUGGGUGGUGGGGAACGCCAAGAAAGUGGAACGCGCCAUUAAGUGGAAGCACUGGUUUCUGAACGACGAAGAAACGGAGUGCUUGCCGUAG